AUUAUCCAUAACUCUAAGACCGAUGCUAUACUUCGCUUCCAUCCUUGGAUAUUUUCCGGUGCAGUAAAAAGCAAAGAUGACGCUAUCAAAAACGAUACCCUUGUGGAAGUGGUGAACGAGCGAGGGAAAUUCUUAGCCAUCGGCUAUUUUACGCAAAGCAAUAUUGCCGUUCGAAUUCUCUCGUUCACUCCCAUCGAAUCGUUGCAGCAACUUUUCGAAGAUAAAAUCAAAAAUGCCUUUGCCGCUAGAACAACAAUAGGGCUCACAAACAAUGCAAAAACAAAUGCAUACCGAUUGAUUCAUGCUGAAGGCGAUGCUGAGAUACUCACUGUGAAAGAAAACGAAAACUUGUUUCGCAUUGAUUUUAUCACCGGACAAAAAACCGGUUUUUUUAUCGACCAACGUGAAAACAGAAACUUGUUAGCAACCUAUUCCAGAGGAAAAAAGGUAUUGAAUACAUUCUGCUAUACCGGAGGAUUUUCGGUGUAUGCCGCCAAAGCAAAUGCAGAAAAAGUGGUGUCUGUAGAUUCGUCAGAAAAAGCGAUGGUACUUACGGAUCAAAAUAUUGCAUUAAACGGUUGUGAAGCUAUUCACGAAUCGGUAACCAGUGAUGUAUUCGACUACCUAAAAACCGUAAAAAAAGGCGACUUCGAUGUGAUUGUGCUCGACCCGCCUGCCUUUGCAAAAAACGUUGCUGCUCGUCACCAUGCUAUUCAAGCUUAUAAACGUAUCAAUUUAGAAGCCAUGCAGAAACUCGAAAAAGGUGGCAUUCUGUUUACUUUUUCAUGUUCUCAAGUUGUAAAUUAUGAUUUAUUCCGUGGAGCUGUUACCGCAGCUGCCAUUGAGGCCGGAAAAAACAUUCGUAUUUUACAUCAGUUAACACAGCCGCCUGAUCAUCCCAUCAACAUUUUCCACCCUGAGGGAAACUACUUGAAAGGCUUGGUACUAUUGGUUAAC